UGUUCAUAUCAAUAAUGACAUAUCAAUGUUGACACUGUGUUAUUCCAAUCAAAGAUGAAACGAAGCAAUGGGUUAUAUUAAGUUUUCUCUGUGGAGUAAAUCUAAAUAGCUUUUAAUCCUGGGAUUUCUAUAAGCAGCUAACAAUGAUGAAAACGACAGAGUUACAACUGUACGAUGCAUGAUGAUUAAAGCAAAUGAUAUUGAUUUUUACCGAGCAAUGAAGCUUUGCAGCGACAAAUAAGUCUGCAGAAUACCUUUGAAAGGUGGGAUAGAAGAUAAGAUAUUGGAAAUUACUUGUUGGAUCGAUUUGUACUACGGCAAAAAAGAAACUACUACUUAAUUAAUUACUUCCGACAAUGGAAAACGACUAAAUAAACACCAUGUCACAAAACAAGCUUCUUAAUGACGAAUGCAAUGGAAGUGCAACACUUCAGAGCUCUGAUAGAAUAGAAAGAUCAGAUGUUGUUCCAAUGUUAGCGUCAGAAGCUGAAAUUCCGGAAAACGAUAACCAAAAUGCCUUGACUAUUACCCGUAAAUAUGUACCAGUAAUUCGUGUACAGAAACCCAGACCAUGUGAUAAUAAGAAACGUAUUAUGAUGAUAAUAUUGGGGUCAAUGUUUGUGUUUAUUGCUCUGGUAUUUCUUAUAACAGGAACUAUACGAUUCCAUCAAUGUCACCCCAGUAAGAUUUCUGCUCAGUGGGAUAAACGGUUUCUUUCUGUCCACUUUGAUGAUUUAGUAGGUUUAAAUAAUUAUGCUCUAGAAAAGAAUGUUAACCAAACGUCCAUGUCAUAUCUAAACUCGAAUGGUCCGGCAUACUUAGCAGUUGAUGGGGACAUUAAGACAUGUUCGAGAACAGAUGCAGAAUUGUCACCAACGUUACAAAUAGAUCUCAAAUAUCAACGACCGGUAGGAUUUGUUUUAGUGCAUGGUAAUUUAAAAAAUGCCUUACAUGACAUUACCUUAUAUGUUGUUGGAGAGGACGGAUUACAUAGUUAUAAAUCAAAAACCAAUAUAUGUGAGCAACAGAAAGGACUUGUAAAGAACCAAGCUAUGAUCACCGAUUGUGGUCGGCCACUAAAUGGACGAUACAUUAUUAUAGAAAUGAAAAAUUCUGUCAAUUCAUUGGAUAGUCUGAUGCUUUGCGAGGUGAUAGUGAUCCAACGUUGACCCAUAAGUACGGAAUUCAGCAGCAAUAUAUUAUUAAACUGUGUCAUUUUUAUUAUACAACAAAAACAUUACAUCAAAUUCUCAUAUACAAAUUGAAUUUAAAUUGUUCCAAACUCUUAGCAAUUUAGAGAGAUCAUACAGGUUUAUAAAAUUAUAUGAACUAGUAUACAAUCAAAUAAUAAGUAUUUGCAAAUCAAUCAAAAUUGUACGGCCAAUUUCUGAUGUUUUGUUUCAUUCAAUGCCAGUAAUUUAGAAUCGAAAACUUGUUGAAACUUAUUUGAAUUUUCAUUAUAAAUUAGUCUCAGUCAUAUUUUCAAAAUAUAUGUUUUAAACUAUUUUACGUGUAUCAAAAAAGUUAAAUCAUUAUGUAAUUUAUUCAGAGCUAUUACGUGUUGCUUAAGAAAGACAUCUUGUAAGAUAUUACAUAAGACUUUAUGAAUAUAGGUAAUUUUAUCACUUAUACAUCGUAUACAGAAUGAUUAUAAUUGCACUCGCCAGCUCGCCAAAAUGAUACUAGUAUAUUCUAUUCUUUUCACAAAAAUGAAUGCAACACCUUUUUUAACUUGUAAACGGGAGUUUUGUUUACUGAUUAAAGGGGUCAUCCCUUCGUUAUAUUUGUCAAACAUAAUUCAGUUGUUGUACAAUGCAGUAGCUAAAAAACUUGAUUUUACAUCCAAUUUUGCCGAAAGAAAAAGAAAUGAGACAUUUUUUUCCAAAAUUCGAGAUCCACUUAUGAGUUCCACCUUGAUUUAACAAAUUUGAAAAAAAAGUAUCAUUCCUGCACUUUAUGUUAAAGUUAUUGUAAUUUGUCGAUGUAACGUU